AUGAAAUUUCCUGUCAUCGCCCCGCACUUGCUGACACACUACUUGCUUCGGACGAGACAGAUCAGCAUCGACCGAGCGGCUGCUGGGCACUUCUGGCAGCAUUUCAAGACGCAGAAAGCUCCUUGGAUGGAGGGGUUCGACUCGAAGGAUUUUGUGCCGCUGGCGCUUUAUGGGGAUGAGGCGGAGUACAGCAUCACGAAGGAGCAAAUCUUGGUGCUGUACAUCAGUUUCCCACUGUACGAGGGUUCCAAGACUGUCUUUGGCAGCCGCUUUCCUGUGUUCGCCAUCCGUUCCGAAAGGAUGUUUAGCUACGAUACAAUCACUCCAGUGUUUGAUUUUCUCGCUUGGAGUAUCAAUUGUAUGUAUUCGGGAAAAUUCCCGGAGAAGAACUUGGCCGGCGACGAUUUGCAAAGCUUGGGCCCCGACAUGAAGCCCAACGACCCUAUGUACAUGGGUUACAAGUUUAGACUUGUGGAACUGCGUGGCGAUUGGAAGCAUCAUGCGCGUGCUUUUAAACUGGUAAGUCACUGGUCGUGCAACGACGUAUGUCACUGCUGCAGGGCGUCCAAAGCUAAUGCGCAAUUUCCAUACACGGACUUUGCAGAGGAGCCGCGAUGGGCGACAACGAUAAGGACCCAUGCUCAGUUUGUACAAGAGCAGCUGAAUGAACCCAUCAACUCCUUGCUGUACACAGCAAAGUUCCACUAUAGCUUUAUCCGGUUUUGUUCCGUCCACACCGUCCAGCUCGGUAUCGCUCAGUUUUGUCACGGUGGUGUUCUUUGGGAGCUCUCCAGGCUGGAGUGGUUUGGUGGGAACGACAAGGCGUCUAUGUUGAGGAAUGCAUUUAUAAGCUUCAAGGAGUUUACCAGGAAACACAAAAUUCAGUGUUCGCAACCACCCUUUAAAAGCUACAUGUACGUCACUUCCGGAGAGGAGUAUUGUUACCUGGGCACGAAAGCAUCUUGGCACCAUUUUUAA